AAGAAAAAUCUCCGUUAAAUAAAGUCGUCACAGCCUACCUUUGACCCAUUCCACAGCAAUUCAGCAAAAGCAAGCUACCCAUCAAACGGUUCUUUUUCUGCUCUCUGCUUGAUUUUGUUUUACCCUCCAAAAACAAAGCUGGAAAUAUCCCACAACUCCGGCGUCACGUGUAACCAAUUCCCAUUAAUUGACCCAAUUUCCAUCUCAUCCAUCCCUGUCCUUCUCCAAAAACCUUGAUCAGGAUUUGAUAUUUUUGAAGUAAAAGCCAAGUCAUGGCGAUGUAUAUCGUAUAUCGGCGACUCUCCGCUGGACCCACCACCUCUCAGCUGGUCAAUUCUCUCCGUUACGCCACUUGCUGGAGAUCCUACUCGACGUCGUUUAGGGAGGAACGAGACACUUUUGGCCCCAUUAAUGUCCCCACCGAUAAAUUGUGGGGAGCGCAGACACAGAGAUCGUUACAGAAUUUUGAAAUAGGCGGCGAGCGUGAACGAAUGCCUGAACCUAUUAUUCGUGCCUUUGGUGUUCUCAAGAAAUGUGCUGCCAAGGUGAACAUGGAGUAUGGUCUUGAUCCAACCAUUGGGAAAGCCAUAAUGCAAGCAGCUCAAGAAGUAGCCGAAGGGAAACUCAACGAUCACUUUCCGCUCGUUGUUUGGCAAACUGGCAGUGGCACUCAGAGUAACAUGAAUGCCAAUGAGGUUAUUGCGAAUAGAGCGGCUGAGAUCCUUAGGCAUAAACGUGGUGAAAAGUUUGUGCACCCGAAUGAUCAUGUGAACAGAUCUCAAUCUUCUAAUGACACAUUCCCCACUGUAAUGCACAUUGCAGCUGCAAUGGAAAUAAACUCAAGAUUAAUACCUAAGUUGAAGAUUUUGCAUUCCACUCUACAUUCAAAGUCUAUUGAAUUCAAAGAUAUUGUUAAAAUUGGUCGCACUCACACUCAAGAUGCAACACCUUUGACUCUUGGUCAAGAGUUUAGUGGCUAUACUACACAAGUCAAGUAUGGAAUUGAUCGGGUUUUGUGUACCCUUCCACGCAUGUAUCAGCUUGCACAAGGUGGUACUGCCGUGGGGACAGGAUUGAAUACAACGAAAGGGUUUGAUGUAAAAAUAGCUGCCGCAGUAGCUGAUGAAACAAACUUACCAUUUGUCACAGCAGAAAAUAAGUUUGAAGCUUUGGCUGCACAUGAUGCCUUUGUUGAAACUAGCGGAGCCCUAAACACUAUAGCUACAUCCCUGAUGAAGGUUGCAAAUGACAUACGCUUACUGGGAAGUGGUCCCCGAUGUGGCCUUGGUGAGCUCAUUCUUCCUGAAAAUGAGCCAGGCAGCAGUAUUAUGCCUGGGAAGGUGAAUCCUACCCAGUGUGAGGCUCUUACUAUGGUCUGUGCCCAGGUUAUGGGUAACCAUGUGUCUAUAACUGUGGGUGGAUCAAAUGGCCACUUUGAAUUGAAUGUGUUCAAGCCAAUGAUUGCUAGUGCACUCCUACAUUCACUAAGAUUGUUGGGUGAUGCAUCUGCUUCCUCUGAGAAGAACUGUGUGAGGGGAAUUCAAGCUAAUAGGGAAAGAAUUUCAAAAUUACUGCAUGAGUCUCUAAUGCUCGUCACAUCCUUGAACCCUAAAAUUGGUUAUGAUAAUGCUGCAGCAGUUGCCAAGAAAGCUCACAAGGAAGGGCGCACUUUAAAGGAAGCAGCAUUGAAGCUUGGUGUUCUCACAAGCGAAGAAUUUGACACUCUUGUGGUGCCUGAGAAAAUGAUUGGCCCCUCUGACUGAAGCUUUUUUGUUAGAGGAGACUUGAUUCCCUGACUUAAAAAUCAAUUACCCAGAUUUUAAUUUAGAAACCAGUUUUCUUAAUCAGUUGGAAUACGAAAUAGAAUCCAACCGGGAUUUUUUUCAUGUUCUGAAUAUGGAAAACAAUAUACUUGAGGUUUCCCAUUGGCUUCAAAUUGUUGAUGCCUUUAAUGUGGUGAAAGAGUAGCCAUAAUUAAUUCGCUAAUAAGGGGAAAGCUUCCCUCAUUUUGUAAGGAGACUGUUACAUAGUUAAGAGAAAACACCCUUGUUUAUACAGUGAUACAUACGGAAUUCGUCUUUCACCUUUUGGCUUAGUGGUUAAGAGGCUUUAAGACAUGUGGCGUGGGUUUUAAUCCCGUCAUCCUCUUUCCCUCUCGUAUUGGCGUUUGUCUUCUUUUGAAUCAAAAAAAAAA